UUUGUCACAAGCCAACGGAGUCUGAAUGGAAAUACAGCACACUCAGGCAAGAAAUAAUCAGGCUACAAAGGAGCAACACAAAACUACUUUCUGUUACUUACACUGGCUCUGCUCAUGACAUCUUGCCUGUGUGAAGAUUGUGUGGUGCACCCUGGCUGAGAAGAAUACUGAUCAGUUGUUGCUGUAAACAACUAUUGGGGGAGGGGGCUUUGUGAUGGAAGGGGAAUUCUCAAAAGGAAACAGCCAUGAAUCACCUAGCCAAGACAACAGUCUGGUGAAGAAGGGGCAGCUGCUGUUGGACCGUGGCCAGUGGGCAAGCAAGCUGGAGUUCCUGCUCGCUGUGGCAGGAACCUUGGUUGGACUAGGAAAUCUCUGGAGGUUCCCAUAUCUGUGUUACAAAAAUGGAGGAGGUGCAUUUUUGGUUCCAUAUGUCCUGUUUCUGCUCUCUUGUGGAAUUCCAAUGUUCCUCUUGGAGACUGCCAUGGGGCAGUACACGUCUCAAGGCUGUAUCACCUGCUGGAGACACUUCUGCCCCCUCUUUGAAGGGAUUGGUUAUGCCACCCAGGUGGUGAUUGCGUAUGCGGCAGUGUCAUACAUUGUUAUCCAGGCAUGGGCCUUCUUCUACCUGUUCUCCUCCUUCAGUGCUGAGGUCCCAUGGGCCAGCUGCAGGAAUACCUGGAACACAGAGUCAUGUGUGGAAUUUGAUAAAAGGAAUAUGUCAUCCAAUUGGACAGCAACUCUAAAUGCAACAUCACCAGCAACAGAGUUCUGGGAGAGACGAGUGCUGGGUAUAUCUAAAGGAAUUGAGGAAAUUGGCAGCCUCCGGUGGGAGCUGGCCUUAUGUCUCUUACUGGCUUGGAUACUGUGCUACUUCUGUGUCUGGAAGGGAGUAAGAUCGACUGGAAAGGUAGUUUACUUUACAGCCACCUUUCCCUAUGUUAUGUUGGUGGUCCUUUUGGCCCGUGGACUGACAUUACCAGGAGCUAUGGAUGGCUUAACUUUCUACCUUUAUCCUGACCCGACAAGGUUGGUCGACCCUCAAGUAUGGAUGGAUGCAGGAGCACAAGUACUUUUCUCUUUCGGGAUUUGUCAGGGGAGUUUGACUGCUCUGGGCAGCUACAAUCAGUAUAACAAUGAUUGCUAUAAGGACACCUUUGUUCUUUGUUUGGUGAAUGGCGGGUCCAGCUUUGUGGCUGGGUUUGCAAUCUUUUCUGUUCUGGGCUUUAUGUCCUAUGAACAAGGACUACCAAUAUCUGAGGUGGCUGCCUCUGGACCAGGCUUGGCAUUUAUUGCCUAUCCCCGGGCAGUAGCUAUGAUGCCUUUACCUCAACUAUGGGCCAUAUGCUUCUUCAUCAUGGUCAUCUUGCUGGGUGCUGAUACACAGUUUGUCAGUCUGGAGUGCCUGAUGACUUCCGUGACAGACAUGUUCCCGACUGUUUUUCGAAGAGGUUACCGUCGAGAAUUACUGCUACUUUGUCUCUGUUCUGUUUGCUUCUUUCUCGGCCUCCUCCUUGUCACAGAGGGGGGCUUGUAUUUUCUUCAACUUUUUGACCAUUAUGUUUGUAGUGGCAACAAUCUUCUUCUCCUUUCAGUGUGUCAGUCGAUAGCAAUCGGUUGGAUAUAUGGUGCAGAUCGUCUCUAUGAUAAUAUUGAAGAUAUGAUAGGUUAUCGCCCACGACCAGGAAUGAAGAUUUGCUGGCUUUAUGUGACACCUGUUGUUUGUCUGGGGACUUUCAUCUUCUCAAUUGUGAGAUACAAGCCUCUCAAGUUCAACAAAACCUAUGUCUACCCAAACUGGGCUUACGUUUUGGGAUGGUGCCUCGGGCUCUUCUGUGUUCUCCUGGUACCCCUGUGGGUCAUCUUCAAGAUUUGUCAGAUGAAAGGAACAGUAUGGCAGAACCUCAAACAGCUGUGCCACCCAGAAAUCAAGCCACACAGUGCAAAGCAAACCUCUGAGCGAUGCCCUCUGAACCCAGACAGCACCCUUAUUCCAGCCACCAAUGAAUACAAGGGAAGUGGUGCAGUCGAAAUGGAGAUGCAAGUGUGAGAAAGCUGUCAUGUGAAAAAAAAUUAUAAUGAGGUGUUUUCCUUUUCAAACACAAGCAAGGUUUUGUAAGGUAUGCAUUUUUAAGAAAGUAUAAUAAGCAAUAAAAAUCAAGACUACUUUACUGGGCUGCUAGCAUUAUGCCUACAAGCAGAGUAGGCACAAUGAUUCUUGGCAAAAUAUGCUUUUUCUGUAGGCCAAUAAUCUUUGGUAAUUACAUUUAGUGGCCAAAAUGAGGGGAGAGUUUUAUCAGUUCAAAUGAAUUUUAAAAGGCUACCUAUAAUUAAGCUAAAGCAUUAUUUUGAUGGUUCAGUAUGCCCCCUCUGUGGAGGUUCAGGAAGAGCUAAGCUUGAGCUAAGCUUCAGCUGUCUCUGCUUCAUCACAAAUAUUUAGGGUUUUCCUGCACAAGAAAAAAUGAAAAUGGAGUUAUAUUUUCCCCAAUUAGAAUAAUUAAACAUGUAGCAUCAGUACUGAAAUCUAUAAUAUUUAACUCUCUGUCUCUCUAUAUCUAUCUAUCUUACUAUCUAUCUAUCUAUAAAUAUCUAUAUUUAUCUAUCUAUAAAUAUAGAUCUGUGUAGAUAGAUCUAUAUCUAUAGAUCUAUCUAUAAACACAGAUAUAUAGAUAGACACAUAUAUAUGGAUACAGAUAUAUAUUUUUAAACCUUACAAAUCAUUUAUAUGAGAAUGUAUAGCCAUAUUUUAUAGCUACCAGUGUUCACCUGAAAGGGUGUGGCAGCUGUUGUAUUUACAGUACUGUAUGGCUGGACCCUGAGUGCCUUUGUCAAGUAACGGUUAUCUUUUUUUAUUCUUUGGUGAUUUGAUGUACUCUUACCCUAUGUUUGAUAUGGUUUCUGCUGUACUGGUUUACUGCAGCCACACGUUCAAGACGUAUUUGAAGUAAAACAGACCAACUAUACACUUAUCAUCUGGAUCUAUUCCCUAUAUUGUUAUCUAUGUCUUCUUAUAGGUGUAUUUACACCUAAUCCAAUGCAAAUAAAUGGCACAGAAGUAU